AUUUAUAGGGAGAAAAGUAUGGAAUGGUUGCAAAAAUCGCAGAGGCUAACAAUGUCUUAAGACGAAGACUAAGGCGGAAGCCGACAUAUAAUGAAAUUGCUGAGGUUCUCAAUGUGAAUGUUUCAACUGUAAAACUUGUUUCUGAAAGGAGCAGACAACCAAUUUCAUUGGACAGAUCUAUAACCGAUCAGAGCAACUUAAUACUGAAGGAGAUUAUACCAGGACCAGUCGAAAUGAUUCCAGAGAAGAUGGUUGAGAGGCAGCUAAUGAAGCAAGGGGUUGUGAAGCUUCUUAACACACUUGACAAAAGAGAAGAAGAGAUUGUAAGAUUAUACUUUGGACUCAAUGGAGAGACCCCUUUGUCUUUUGAGGAGAUAGGAAAGCUGUUGAAACUAUCAAGAGAGAGAAUCAGACAGAUUCAUGGCAUUGCAUUGUCAAAAUUGCGACAAAAUACUAUUGUAGAUAGUCUAAAGUUUUAUGUUGUUUAGAAAAAAUGUUUUUCUGAUUAAGAUUUAUGAAUAGGAACAUAAAGCAAAAUAUAGGAUAUGUCCAUAAUGUAUCAAUCAGUGGUAAAAGCAAAUCUCAAAUGACACAGUUGUAAAAUGACAAUCAGUACUACAGUUAUUAAUAGUAAUUUCUCUUUUCUCAA